GGCUAAGUGACGGUGGUUGGAAAAGGAGCUGAAGGGGGCGGGGUGCAUCAGAGAUGUUUGAACGCUUUUUUUUUUUAAAUAUAAAAUUAUUUAUUUAAAUAAAAAUGGCUGCCGUGGAAAGCGAGGAGGAGAGAAUAGAAGAGGCACCAGAAGGCCAGGAGGAGAGAGAACGGCAUCACAGUAAGACUAAAAAGGCUCGCAAGGAAAGGCGCCAUGUUGAACAGGUGGCUGUUUCUCAAGAGCAAGUGCCCCAGCCAGUGGUGGAGCCACCUACCUCGGUGGGUGAAGCCAUCAGAGCCAGUGGCGGGUCCCUCACAAGGAGUGGCUGGUAUUGAAUCUGCUGGUUCUCCCAAGCAACGGCGCUCUAUCAUCCGAGAUCGGGGACCACUGUACGACGACCCUUCUUUGCCAGUCGGCUGGACACGGAAACUCAAGCAGAGAAAGUCCGGACGAUCCGCAGGGAAGUUUGAUGUCUACCUGAUCAACUCUGAAGGAAAAGCCUUCCGGUCCAAGGUGGAGCUCAUCGCUUAUUUCCAGAAGGUUGGUGACACUACAACCGACCCCAACGACUUUGACUUCACUGUAACUGGACGCGGCAGCCCCUCCCGUCGUGAGAAGAAACCUCCCAAGACACCAAAAGUUGUCAAACCAUCUGGUAGAGGCCGUGGAAGGCCCAAAGGCAGUGGGAAGAUUCGUAAGGCUACAGAGGGUGUGGCCAUGAAGCGUGUCAUUGAGAAAUCUCCUGGAAAACUGUUGGUUAAGAUGCCAUACGGCAAGGUGGAGUCAGCCACUGAGACCACAGCCACCACGUCAAAGGUGUCAACUCCUGCCCUGCCUUCAGUCAAGUCCCGUCCAGGUAGGAAGAGGAAAUCAGAACAGGAUUUCCCAGCCCCCUUGCAGACCACACCCAAAAAACGUGGCAGAAAGCCAGCCUCAGCUUCUGCAGCUACGACGGCUGCCACGGCAUCUUCCUUGACACCGUCAACCUCCGGUACAUCGGCAGCAGGCGGCUACACAACAGCCGCCAUCAUGGCCGCUGAGGCCAAACGGAAAGCCACUAAGGAGUCUUCCAGCAAACCUGUCGUACAAGAAACCGCGCUGCCAAUCAAAAAACGUAAAACGAGAGAGACCGUUGACGAGAGGGAGACUGUUCCGACUCCAGGAUCUAGCACAUCAGAUCCCGGAAGGAUGGCACCUUCUGAGGGGGAGGCCGGUCCGAAGGAACCAAUACAAACUUCCCAGGUUUCCCUUGCCUCUUUGGAGGGGAGCCAGUCUCAAUCCCAGAGGCAGCCUUCUGCUUCCCAAGAAAGUCACUCACACGGACAUAAGACACACAAAGGGAGGAAGCACAAGGAGAAGAGUAGAGAAGGAGGAAGUCAAGAGGAGGAAGUGAGUGAAGAAGUUGAUGAGAAGGGAGGAAGCGGAGUUAGGAGUAGCAGCAGUAGCAGUAACACGAGUCCUUCCAAAAGUCACAAAAGGAAGGAACGCUCGCCACACAAACACCAUCAUCAUCACCACCAUCACCAUCAUCGCCAUCAUCGUCGCCACCAACAGAGCUCCCUUUUGGUUCAUACUCAUUCAGCUUCUGGACCCUCAGGCCAGUCUCGACCUAAAACUGAGCUACACACUGAACCCCAGUCUGCUGCCCCAAAACUGCCCCCAAUGUCACACCUUUCGCCUCCCCCCUGUCCUGUUCAGAGCCCGCAGACCCCAUAUCCAGGUCAUAGCCAAUCCCCUUCUCAACUUCCAAUUACUCAGUCUUCUCCGAUCAGGCAUCCUCCUCAGCCACGCCCCACAAAAACACCACCCACAGUCCAGCAUACAACUCGAACUUCAGCUCAGGAUGCUCCACCUCCGACAGACCUCCAGGUCUUGCAGGUCCAGCCUCCCCAGACAAGGAAUCCUCGUCCUGAAGCCCAUUCCCCAGUUGCACAACCUCAAGUCCAAAUCAGACCCCCUUUUCAGACUCAACCACGUCCACAACUGCACACAAAAAGCAAAACCCACCAUGCAGAUGAACCGCAAAUACAGCCCAGAACCACAACCGAACCCCAUUUAUAUCACCAACCAAGGACCCCUGCCCAAACACAGUUCUUACACAGCGCCCACCCACAGAGUCUAUCUGUAACACAGCCCUCAACACAGAUAAGCCCCCCUUUGCAACACCAAUUUCAUAUUCUAAGCAGACCACAACUCAGACAGCCUCUCAUGCAGUCCAGGCCACCGCAGGCCCGAGCACCCCAACAUUUCCAGCAGAUUCAACCACAGCCGCCCAGGCCACAAUUGCAACCACUCCCACUCCAACAAAUAUCUCUCCAUAUGGCCAGUGUACCCAACCUGGUCUCAGUUCAACAGAGUGAGCAGCCUCAAGACCUGAGUACCACAUCCCUCAUCCGCAGUGUGGAAGGCAGACCCAGAACCGAAAUACGAGUGGAAGCAGAACUCAUUUCAGAAAGCAGAGAGACAAUUGGGGGUUCAAACAGCACUGCGAGUCCUCCCAGCUCAAUUCGGCCUGAUCCUCCCCAAAGAUCAGGGACAGAAGACGGUGUCGGUCUCGUAUCUGGGGCUGAAGGCCGACCUCGGCUACGGGCGGAUUCGGAGACAACGGGCGAGGGUAUGGAGCUUAGAGACAUGGUACCUCCAUCUGCUGUUCCCUGUCCGAGCCGAGAGGAAACAGUCGAAUCUCGGACUGCUGUUAGCGAAAGGGUAAGCUGAUCACUUAGCGCGAUGGAAAAGUAGACGGUUACGUUCUUGUGGACUUAGGUGGUACCAGUGAGGGCUUUUCCUCCAUCUUUGUGCACUGUUGUUCCAAGGAACAACCUUUUCUCUUCUUGUCAACGACCUGCGCGCCAAGCUAGCACUGACGAUGACGGCGAAGGAUGGAUGGUGUCAUUUUUUUAGGGAAAAAAAAGGAAUAUAUAGAUUUCAAGUGCUUGCGUGUGUGCGUGCAUGCGCGCGUGUUUGUGUGUAAGUGUGAGCGUGUGUGUACAUAAUCAAAAGGCAGCUGUUGUGUCCCGCUCGGUUGAGUGGGUGAGGAGGAAGCAGUUUGGAAAUGAAAACAAAAGGCUAAGUUCAUUGUCCCAAACAAAUGUUGCUUCCAGAAUAUAACCUGUUUAUUUUAUUUUGUAUUUUAAUAUUUUGUCUUAUCAAUACAGCUUUAAAGUUAAAUGUAAUUGACUGACGCUCCCUAGCACGUGACCGUGCUGCUGACUGACAAUCCCUUUUAGUUCAAUGGCUUCAGAAACUCCUAAAGUACAGUAUUUGAUUUCCAUCUGCCCUAAAUUAGUCGCCGAUAAUUCUUCUUUAGUCCAAGUGAUUUCAAGCACUUCACAUUACUGGAAUCUUCUGUUACAGUCAAAAUGACUGUCGUAUUUGACCUAGAGAUGAGUCGUUCUUCCAUCAUGGUUGUGUUUCCCAGAGGAAUUGUGUGUUCAGUCAAAGUGAAUCCACUUUGAGGUUAGCCGUUUCUACACCUUGGGUCUGGUCCCAUUGGGAAAGCACGGCCAUGUUUACUGUAAGACUUGUCUUUGUCUUGAAUGUUCUGGAACAGUCAUUGAAGAUUCAGAAGUAGAGGUCCAUCUUACUGUUUUGUAGUGCUGUACUAAACAGUUGUUGUGGGGAGGCAACAGCACCAAACUCCAUACACCACCAUUCGUACAGUGCUGUGAAAAACUAUUUGCUUCCGUGUCAAAUUCUUGUUUUAUUUGCUUUGUUCAACCACUUGAAUGUUUAAAAUCAUCAAACAAAUGGGAAUAUUAGACAACGGUAAAGUAAACAUAAAAAGCAGUUCUAAUUUUUAUAUUAAUGAAGGAAAAACUGUUCAGGUAACAACUCUCUGUGAAAACACUCCAGUACUCCCAGUAAAACAAGGUGAGAUCCAUUAUCCACAAAUGGAUAAAAUAUGCAACAAUGGUGAACAUUCCCAGGGGUGGCCUGCCUACAGGAAUUAACCUAACAAGAGCAUUUACUCAUCCACAAGGUUACUAAAUAAUCCAGGCCAACAUCAAAAGAACUGCAGGCAUUCAUUACUUCAGUUAAGUAAGGUCAAUGUUCAUGAUUCAACAAUAGAGACUAGGAAAAAUAUGGCAUCCAUGACAGACGUCUGAGUAAAAUAACACUGCUAAUCUAAAUAGAACAUACUCAUCUUUAGGUUCACAAAAAAUUAUAUCGACUGAUGAAAUGAGAUUGCAUGUCUUAAUUCAUCCAGUGUAAAUGUAACAGCAUUUUAAGAAAUAAUGAAGAUCAUACCAACAGUUAAACAUUGUAAUAGUCUGGUGAUGUUUUUUAAAUUCAGGCCCUGUGUGAAUUGCUAUUAUAGAUAGAAGCAAAAAUGUUGGAUGAAAGGAGAACGUUUCAUCCAUCACUUUGUGAACGCAAGCAGAAAUGCUAGACAACAAUCCAAAACACACCAGCAAGUCAACUUCUUAAUGGCCUGAUUUUUUUUUUUUUUUUUUUAGAUAAAAGUUUUAGAGCUAACUAAUUAAAGUCCGAACUUGAAUCUGAUUGAAAUAAUGCGGCUUGAAUGUUGCUCUCACAAGUAUGAUGGGUACUUUCUCAGAAUAGGCCAGUUAGCAACGAAUGUUUUUAGUUGAUAAAUAAAAUCAGUUUUAAAACUGAUUUUUAUGAUUACUUGGGUUAUCUUUGUCUGAAAUCUGUUGGAUGAUUUUAAACAUUAAAGUGGGGAAAUGGCAAAAAAAAAAUAGAAUUUGAGUAUGGAUCUGAUACUUUUCAGUGCCCUGUAAAUGGGAAUUCUACAACUUCACAAUUCUGGACCUGUUUGGAUGUUUGAAACAGGACAUCUACUGAUUCCUUAACAUGCAUACAUUGUACAAUUUGUUUGUAGGUGAGGGUGAAUAGCUAUACUUUAGCGGGCCUGUCAGACCAUUCAUUUGGUAAAAGUGACUGCAGUUUUGAUCACAUUCUAGUCCUUGUAUCUCAGGAUAUAUUGAAUGUGUUGAUUGAUCAGAGCACAGCACAUAGUACUCUUGGGGGUGCCAUUAUUUAACAUUUAGACAAAUUUAGAUGACUUUUAUUUUUGUUUAUCUGUUAAUUGGAAUGAUUGUGGAAAUCAAAUCUGAAGGUAUAUAUUUUUUAGGUCUGUCACUAUGAAUAAACUUGACUUUAGACAUGUGAGGAAGCCUAAAAGGUAAACAUUUGAGAGUUUAAUCAGUGGUCAGUCUCAAAUUUUCUCCCAAUUUGUUGUUAUGGGGUCUGGUGGUCCUUCAGGUGCAAUAAAUUGCAUCAUAAUCGCUCAUGAUCGAAGUCAAACAUCCAAACAUGUUCUUAACCUCCCAAUUAGAAAGGAGGCACUAAUGCGGUAUUUGUACAUUCCCAUCUUGGCGUGCAGAUCUCUUGACAGCUAGGAGGUUAGGAGGUUGGUAAAGUGUAUCUCACUGGAGAAUCUUGCUGGAUUGGGUGUCAUCUGACGAUGAUCCAAGCUCACCUCUGCUCUAGCGAUGUUUGGUUGCCUCAAACCUCUUAGCUGUCUUAUGUCAGAUGGAAUGGGACCACAGUAAGCAGUCACCAUAUUGCAUGUUCCAGAGUCUAGUGCCUAUAACCUCACGCAUCUUGCCGGAAGCCACCAUGUCAGCCAGCAGCCAUGUUGUUCCUAGACUUAGUAGUGAUAUGUGGUGACCUCAUAGCUGCUGAAUAAUUGUACUCUGCUUUCAACUCAAUACACUGUCACUGUAGACUCACUAGUUUUUACUGGGUUCUUAGUUGCUUUUUCUUAUUAAAAGCGUUUGUUGUCCCCCUACUGUGUCCUCUCAUCAAUAUUCACACACACAGCUACAGUCACACAGUCAUGUCAUGUAACAGCACAAAUUUUGCAAUUGAGCACCAUUUUUUUGUUAUUUUU